AUGGCGGCGGCGCUGGCUGCCCCGGCGCCGGCCCCGGAAGGAGGCGCCCCCCCGCCGCCGCCGCCGCCGCCCCCGCAGGCCCCGCCGCACGAGAUCAAGAGCCAGUUCCGCACCCGCGAGGGCUCCUACCGGCUGCUGGGCGGCCCCGAGCCCCGCGCCCGACCCGCCGCCGCCGCCGCCCCCGCCGCCAGCCCCCCGGCCCCGCCGCCCGCAGGAGCCCCCGCGCCCCCCGCCCCGUCGCUGCCGCCCGUCCGCCUCUCGCUGGUGCGGCUGGGCCUGGCCGGAGGCGGAGGAGGCGAGCCCUGCGCGGACGGAGAGGCGGGCGGCCCGGGCGCCGAGCGGAGCCGCGUCUGCUUCAACCUGGGCCGGGAGCUCUACUUUUACUCGGGCGCCGCCGGGCGGGGAAGGAGGUCUAUCGAUCUGAAGAAACCUAUCGACAAGCGGAUCUAUAAGGGGACGCAGCCCACCUGCCAUGACUUCAACCAGUUCACGGCGGCUUCCGAAAGCAUCUCCCUCUUGGUUGGCUUCUCGGCUGGGCAAGUGCAAUACUUGGAUCUGAUCAAGAAAGAUACCAGUAAGCUAUUUAAUGAGGAGAGGCUCAUCGACAAGUCAAAGGUCACCUUUGUGAAGUGGAUCCCCGAGUCGGAGAGCCUCUUCCUGGCCUCCCACGCCAGCGGUCACCUGUACCUGUACAACGUGGAGCAGCCCUGCGUCUCGGCCGCCCCCCAGUACACCCUCCUCAAGCAAGGCGAGGGCUUCACGGUUUAUGCCUGUAAGAGCAAGAACGCCCGGAACCCGCUGCUGAAGUGGGCGGUGGGCGAAGGGGCCCUGAACGAGUUUGCCUUCUCGCCCGACGGCCGCUACCUGGCGUGCGUCAGCCAAGACGGCUGCCUGCGGGUCUUCCAUUUCGACUCCAUGCUGCUGCAGGGCAUGAUGAAGAGCUACUUUGGGGGGCUGCUGUGCGUCUGCUGGAGCCCCGACGGACGCUACAUCGUCACGGGGGGCGAGGACGACCUGGUCACGGUUUGGUCCUUUGCAGAGGGCCGGGUCAUUGCCCGGGGCCACGGACACAAGUCCUGGGUUAACGCGGUGGCUUUCGACCCCUACACCACCAGCACGGAGGACGAGGAGAGCGGGGAGCUGAGCGGCAGCGACGAGGACCUCCAGGAUUCGUCCGAGUUCCGGCGGGUGAGGACCAGCAGCACUCUCUCCCACCUGUCCAAGCACAGCGCCAAAAGCACCCCCUCGGUCACCUACCGGUUUGGCUCUGCCGGGCAGGACACCCAGUUCUGCCUCUGGGACCUGACCGAAGACGUCCUGUACCCCCACCACCUGCUGCCCCGCACCCGAACGCUCACCAACACCUUCGGCACCGGCAUCCCUCCCUCGGGCAGCGGGGGCAGCAACCUGGCCGCCGAGUCAGGCGGCGGCGGAGGGCCGCUUCCCCGCUCCCUCUCACGCUCCAACAGCCUGCCGCACCCGGCAGUCACCAGCGCUGCCAAAAGCCACGCGGCGGACGGGGCGGUGCCCUUCAGCAUCGGCAAAUUCGCCACCCUCACCCUGCAGGAGCGGCGGGACAAAAACGCGGAGAAAGAGCACAAACGUUACCACAGCCUGGGCAACAUCAGCAAGAGCAGCGACAAGCUGAACGUGGUGCCCAAGAGCAAGCUGGACACGGCCAAGGUCUUGGGCACAGCCCUGUGCCCCCGCAUCCACGAAGUGCCCCUGCUGGAGCCCCUGGUGUGCAAGAAGAUUGCCCACGAGCGGCUGACCGUCUUGCUUUUCCUGGAGGACUCUAUCAUCACCGCCUGCCAGGAAGGGCUGAUCUGCACCUGGGCCAGGCCAGGCAAGGCGAUCCUGAAUUCCCAGAACGGGGGCUCUCCCAGCGGCACAAUCGUGUAAUCGGCACUAACUCACGCUCGGCUUGCUCUCCGGUUUGGACCCGGAGUGGAACUGCUUCCGGUUCCUUUGCUCGGUGGAGCAAACUUGACCAAGACGGGAAAGUUUUCCGACAUUUUCAACGUGUGUACAGGUUGUGUCUCCCCAUCCCUCGCCUGUGAAACCUGACUGUGUGGCAAUUUGGAAUCCUAACCGUUAACCUCUCGAGACCGACGACGUAAUUCAGGAUGAACGGCACCUCUCCGCUAUUUAAAAGUAUUAAUUAACAAACUCUUUUAUUUAAUGUUAAGGUUUGAGCACAGGGUGCUUGGAGGGGCUGAUUUUGCACAAAGGUGAACUGAGCUUUCCCCUCCCUCCUCCCCCCCCCCCCCCAUCCAGACAGAAAUUCUGGUUGCUGUGACCCAGCCCAACCUAUCCCUAACUCCAUUUUCCUGGUUGCUUGCCCCCAGAAGGAGUUUUGUACAGGGGAGAUAACAGUAAUUCCCUGCCGCGUGUAACAGUCCUUUUCUUCCCCCUUCCCCCUCCCCUUUGCUUUAAUCCCAUUUUUGCACAGAAAGUUCCAGUAUUUCUGUUGACCGGAGGUAGCAGUCGUACCUCUGUCCGGCAGAUAGUUCUCUCUCGACUUUCGCCGCGUCCUCCUCCCCGUUCAGCCAACGGACUCUCUUCUCCCAGAGACGGCGCUUAAAAACGUUUCGAGAUCCAGCACGAUACUGCCAGGGAAUUCUUGCCAUCCGUCUGUUUCCGACGUCUUUUGUUGUGUCGUGGACCUCCACUUCGGUUUCCCGCAUCCGCCCGGCUUCAUCUCGGAAGGGGCCUCUCAAAGCAAAAUGGGUUUCCUUUCCAUCGGUUGGUCCUUGUAACGCGACAGCCGUUGACUUACUACCUGAUGUUUCUCAAGGACGAUUUCCUCCACCCAUCACUUCCUUUCUCCAACCCCUCUGAAUGGGGUCUUAUUUUUGGGCCGGCCAUUUCUCGCCAGAUUUGAUCCUUUCUCUCUGACACGUUUUUUUUGUCGUUGCUGACCGUCCUCCCGAUGAAGGUGUUUAUGCAUGGGGGAUCCCAGCACAUCCACACUGUUGAUUGGCAGAGACUCGUUCUAAAGUCUUUAAACGGUGCUUCUCGGCCUCAGCCACUUGAAGAGGUGUGGACUUCAACUCCCCCAGAAUUCCCCAGCCAGCCAUGAUGGAAAAGGGAGUCCACGAAUCUUAAAUACAUUGCUGAGGUCAAGAGACACAGCGUUCUAGAUUAUGUAGCUGUGGCAUCUGACGCUUGUCCGGUCAGUUGCUUAGUUUGUUUAGCUUAGGCUCAGAGAUUCACCUCCAGGGGAAGUUGGUUUUGGUCACCAAAAGUAAAUAUCUAGGAUGAUCCUGGCUUCUGGAGCUGCGCUUCUCCAUCUUGAUGUGCCAGACUAAAUCAAAUAAGCUUGGUUUUUUAGGAACCUUGGUCUUGCAGCGAAUCAGGGGUCCUGGGUGCUCUCUGGCCUUGUUGGUUUUCUUGCAGGCGUUUCAUUGCCCAAACUAGAUAACAACAUCAGUGCUAGUAAGGAGUGGGGUUUGGUGAGCAAACCUCCCUCCUUAGCUACUGAUGAUGUUACCUAGUUUGGUCAGGAAACGUCUGCAAGGAAACCACCAAGCCCAGAGAGCACCAAGGACCCCUCAUUUCAACCCCGAGCUGCAAAUAUUCUCCUUUAUUGCUAUGAGUCACGUUCCUGGGUUGGUUAUUUAAGUCAGUAGAGUAGAUCCGUGUUUCCUAACCUCAGCAACUUUAAAGACAGGUGGACUUUCAACUCCAGAAUUCCCCAGCCCCUGGAUGCAUUCUGGGAGUUGAGAGUCUAAACAUCUUGAAGUUGCCAAGGAAAUGAUGGGAUAAGAUUUUGAAUUCUCGGUGUCUCUUGGGUUGCUCGGCUUCAGCCUGAUUUAAGGUUCAGGUUGCAUAAGGCGAACGAGCCAAAGAUUGAGGUUUCGCAACCAGCUGCUCCAAAAACAGAUUCAGAGCCAACCAAAAUAUUUUUUAAAAGCGUUUUAAAUUUAGCGUGGAGUCUCGAAAAUAUCCCAACUAUGCUUUGGGCCUGUGGACAAUUAAGGAUAGUCUUGGCGUCUUUUUAUUUAUACACAGAGAAAGAGAGAGAGGGAGGGAGAGAGAGAAAAAGGUUGAGGGAAUUGUAUGAUGGAUAAUUAUAAAUGUCAAAAUAUGUACGUUGUUUUUGGCAAGUGUCUUUCCUUUAAAAGACGCACAUUUUAGUUGGCUUUGAAUCUGCAGUGGUGCAGAUUUUAAACCAGUUUAGCUUCCCAGUGGACUUGAUCAGUGAAAAAUGGAAAUUAAGAGUUUGGCUUGCAUGUAGUGGCUCUAUAAGAUAGCAGUGAGGUAUAAAUGACUAGCAUUUCUACAGGUGCCCCAUUGAAUUCUUUUCUUCUCUUGGAUAUCCAUUGGAACAGUAUUUCUCAACCUUGGUUACUUGAAGACAGGUGGACUUUCAUUCUUGAAUUGAAUUGAAGCUUAGCCAGCUGGGGAAUUCUGGGAGUUGAAGUCCACCUGCCUUCAAGGAACCAAGAUUGAGAAACACGGCACCAGAGGGUCCCGUCAGCCUCCGUGGGAAAGGACUCCGUCUCUCUACAAAUUGUCUCCUCCGCCGCCUUCAGUCCGAGCUGCGCCUUGGCACAUUCACACAUGCUCCAUCUGACUGUGCUGGUAGCCGAGGCAGCCUUUUGGGUUAAAAAAAACCCCAACAUUUUGAUGAAGCCGCAGGGAAAGUUGGCUGCUAGGACCGAUUCCUAAAAGCCUAGUCGAUUUUAGGAGUGGGUUUCCUUGAGAUCCUGGGAAUGUUUUGUGGGUCGGCGAGUUCUAAUCCCGGCUGUCGCAUACGCCCUGCGUGGGAGAAUAUUUCAUCGCUUGCAAUUUCCUUGCUCAUCUCAGGCCGAAGCUGUAAAACCUGCAUUCGUCCUUCCGUCGAGUUGACCAGGGUUUGUCCCGUCGGCUGUGUGAACCCUCAACACACUUCCAUACCGACGAGGGAUCGUCUUCUGCACCCAUCAGCGACAUUCAGUACCUUUCUCCAGGUUGCAAAAUUCAGCCCAGCGUAUCAAAGACCCCCACCCCAGGGCGAAGGGAGGAUCUAACACAGGAGUGUCUCCUCUCCCCCAGGAUUAAAAAGCCAUACCGGUCUACAACCACGGACCCCUGCUUCAUCCCGAAGCGACGGGGGAGGGGACGGAAGGGAGAACCUAUAUUUCCCAUCAGAUCCGCUUGGAUUCUUUGCCGCGAGACGGACGGACCUCGGAAAAACAGUAUUAAUUUGCUUUUCCUUCCUCUUCCCCUGACCUCUCCCACCCCUCCCCAUGCAUGUCUGCCCCCUGUGACCUCUGUAAGAAGCCAGCUGGUGCCUGGUAGCCAAGUUCUCCUCCCCCCCCCCCAUCAUUUUGCCUUCCCUCCCCCCCGAAACACAUCUGGAAGCUGCCGACAACAAGCCCCCCCCUCCCUCCCUCCCGGUGCCUUUCGUUACUUUACUACCUGCUCUAAACGUUUGUUACUGUCGUGUCUGAAAAAGCGUUUAAAUUAUAGAAAUCGUGAAUGCCUAUUUAUACUAAAGAGACCGUUUUCACA